AUGUGGAGGCAAGUUUCAAUUUUCUCUUUAUUGAUCCCGGCGCUGGACCGCAUCCCGGCACUCUGGCAGUACUUGUCCAGCGCUCAGAUUUGUCGUACUCAUCGUUUUCGCUUCGUCCUCGUAGAAUCCAUAUUGAUUGUCGAAAGAGAUGCCUUUGAGCGUUUUCUUAAACACUUCAAAGUCAGUUAUUCACCACGUGGUAUGACGUUAGAAAAGCGUUCGACUCAGCUAAUCACAAUUAUCUGA